GCAAUGACUGGUGAAGCGGCCAUUUUCCUGCAGACAUUCUACUUUUAUUUUGACGAUAUGGGGGAUAUUAUUGUCUAGGGGUAUGAUAUUCGACGGAGUGAUAUCUUUGAUGACAGGGAUGUAACGGGUGGCUAGAAUGGAAACAAACCUGUCUUAUUACUACUACAGUGAGUAUGGAACCGGCGAGAAAGAGCUGCCAUUUUCCAUGCUCCAGCUUGAUCCACCGGACAGAGCAGUGUUGAAAAUAGCAGAUGAAAGGGAUGCCGUUCAAAAGAAAACAUUUACAAAAUGGAUUAAUAAACAUUUACUGAAGUGGUCUCCCUUACCUGUUGACUACAUGCAGCAUUGGAGAUUCUCCCAGGCUGGAAGACGGAUAUUGGAUCUUUAUUGUGACCUUAAAGAUGGACACAACCUGAUAUCACUGUUAGAAGUGCUGGCUCAUGAACCACUGCCAAGAGAAAAAGGGCGCAUGAAGUUUCACAAGAUUCAAAAUGUACAGAUAGCACUGGAGUUUCUGGCUCGUAAAGGGAUCAAACUUGUAAACAUUCGAUCAGAUGAAAUUGUCGAUGGCAACCCAAAGCUAACGCUUGGCCUCAUCUGGACCAUCAUCCUCCAUUUCCAGGUGUCCGAUGUUGUCGUCCCUGGACAACCUGAAGACAUCACAGCCAAGGAAGCCUUGUUGCUAUGGAGUCGACGGACAGUGGAGGGCUACCCAGGGGUCAAGAUCAACAACUUCAGCAAGAGUUGGCGGGAUGGACGCGCAUUUCUCUCCAUCAUACACAGACACCGGCCCGACCUUGUGGACCUCCAGAGAGCGCGGACCAGCACUCCUCGUCAGAACCUCGAGCUUGCCUUCAGUAUCGCGGAGAAGGAAUAUGGUGUGACAAGAUUACUUGAUCCUGAAGAUGUUGACGUGCCGGAGCCUGACGAGAAAUCUGUGAUAACAUAUGUGUCCUCACUCUACGAUGUCUUCCCAGAAUGCCCCAGUGUAGAACAAACACUACGAGAUAAUGAGCGACAAUUAAAAGUUGAUGAAUACCGGGAACUGGCCACUUCAUUACUCACCUGGCUACAUGAUGCUACAGCUAUGUUACAGGAACGAAGCUUCCCCACAACUCUUAUAGAAAUGAAGACUCUCUUAGCGGAAUCAAAUAGGUUUAAAAUUGAAGACGUCCCCCCUCGGUUGGAAAUGAGACAGAAGUUAUACAGACUUUUUGAAGAAAUACAGGGUUUUGGGUCUGGCAGUUCACUACUGGCCUUUCCAGAUGAUCUUCAACCAGACAACAUAACAUCAAUGUGGAACAGGUUCUCGUUGGCAAACCAGGAACGAGACAAUAAUGUACAGGCAGAGGUCGUCAGGUUAGAAAGAUUACAAAGACUGGCCGAAAAGAUUCACAGAGAGGCUAAACAUUCGGAGGAUAAUCUUGAUGACCUGGGACGAAGGAUCGGAGAUGAGCAGGGUCGCGUGGAAAUGUUACACCCUCUAGAAGCUAAACGUAACUGUGAUGCUAUCGACCGAGCUUUGAAAAACCUAGAAGAGAUUUCACGAAGUUUAUUUCGGGAUGUACAAGCUCUUCAGGAUGGUAGAUUCCCAACCGCUGAUCAACUUUAUAAAAGGGUGUCUAUGAUUCAGUCGAGAACCUCCCAGCUGAGAACAAAAUUAUUCGGCGAUGUGAUUCAGAAACUCAUCUCAAAGUCUUACAUUGAGGAGGGUAUAACUGUGACACGUCGCAAGGAGGUUGUCAAGGAAGUGCGUCUCAUCGAGACAAAUCCAGCAUUCCAGCAUGUACAGGAAUGUCUCACCUGGAUAGAGUCAAAACAAGAGGCUAUAGAAGCGGGAGAGUAUGGCAGUGAUAUCCAGACGAUACAGAUAAACCUUGAUGUCCACCAGAUGGAGCACCAACAGAUCAUCAACUUCCGCUCAGAAAUAGACAAAUGUAUCGCUGAUGGGAGAGCUUUGUCAACAGAAGAGCGUAACUUGUACACCGAGAGUCUUUCAAAAGUAGAGGUGGCUUAUUCUCUACUGACAAACACGACAAUACGACGUAUGAAGUGUCUCGAGACAUUUCACGAAUUUCUCAACCUGGCCAUGGCAGAACUGUUGUGGCUCAAUGAUAAAGAGGAGGCGGAAAUAGAACGCGAUUGGAGUUCACCAAAUAUGGAUAUCCAACAUACAUCCGAGUCAUACAAGGCUAGAUUCCCAUACCAUCAGAGCCUUCUGCGUGACCUAGAACUUCGAGAGGGUCAGUUUAAUUCCAUACAGGAACGAGGCUCAGCCAUGGUCCUAGACAGACACCCAGCUGCUGAAACAAUCAAGGCAUACAUGGAGACAAUGCAGUCAACCUGGUCGUGGCUGUUACAACUCACACUGUGUCUUGAAUCACAUGUCAAACACCUGACAGCAUACCACCAGUUCUAUGAUGGCUGCCAGCAGUGCGAGGCAGAGCUAUCCCAGCAUUCCGAGCUCCUCCACACGCGCUACAGUCAGGAAAGUCUCGAGGUAGAGGAGGCAAAGAAACAAGUGCAAGAACUGCGAGCCAUGCAGGAACAAAUAUCAGACUUAGAGAAACAGAUAACGACACUUUUACAACUCAGUUACGAAAUUGUGCCAUUGAAAAAACGUGGAGAAGUGAUAGAGUCUCCAUGUCGUGUAAAGUGCUUGUGUACUUACAGACAGCCAGAGCUCGUUCUACAGAAAGGACAAGAAUGUAUGUUACUCGACACAUCCCAAAGAACAAGAUGGAGGGUGAGAACCCACUCAGGUAAAGAGGACCUGGUACCUUCCGUGUGCUUCCUGAUUCCUCCCCCAAAUCAGGAGGCCAUAGAAUGUGCUGAGCGUUUAAAAACAAAGAUGGAACACCUCCGGAGUCUGUGGAAGAUGAGGCAGCGUUCCAGUAGACAUAACAUGGUUUCUGCAACGAUACACGUUAUUAGGGGCUGGGAUUUAAAACAGUUUCAGAAACUUGAUCCGGUGGGACGGGAAACACUACUAAAGGUUGUGAAUGAGGACGCUGAGAAGCUGAUCAGUGAGAUCGGAGACUCUCAUCCCGACAUGAAGAACUUAAAGGCAGAGUUAGCAGAAUGUAACAAAGUCUUUCACAGUCUUUCAACAGCAGCUGCGGAAUCAGAAUCGAGGCUGACAAGGUCACCAGAGCAAAAGUUUGCACAGGACCUGGACGCAGUCAGUCACAAUCUGUCUAGCUGUGAACAGACUCUGACUGGUCACCUACAAGAGAUGCAUCCCAGAGACAAAGGGGCUUUACGCCAUGCCAUAGAGAGGCAGAAGAGCUGGGACAGAACACUAAGUAGCCAUGAAAUGGAUAUAGAUCACAUGAAGCAGUCGUUUACAAAUCUCCCAACACGCUCCCAACACCAGAUGGAGCCACAGUAUAACGCGGCGCUACAAAAGCGGGAUCAUAUGUGGAACCUCUCCAAAUCAAACAUGGAUAGGUUGAAAAAUGUUGAUUCACUAUUGUCUGACCUUGACACUGUCCGACAACUUGUUGCUGAUUAUGAGAUAGCCCUCAUCACCCAGGACAGUUUGUCUUCUGACCCCGAAUCUCUUCGCUCCCAUAAGGCCGAACUACAGGACCUCCAGGUAUCUGUACAGCAACAGCAACUAAAGGUGGACUCACUGAAGCGUGACACAGCCAGCCUCCGUGUCAACACAGAAAAGUGUCGACCAGGGGUACCACGCUACUAUGACCUUGAGGGCACAGAGAAGGAGGUCGCUGAACUCGACCAACGCUGGAACAGUGUCUGUAUACAGGUUGUGGAACGGCUGAGAAGCAUGGACACGUCCGGUGAUUUACUUUCCCUAUACACAAAUGGCCUGAAGUCGGAGCAGCAGUGGGCAGACCACACCCAGCUAACCAUCGACACACAGCCCCCUCUCACACAGGAACUACACCAACUCAAACAGAUGAUAGAACCCACCAUGGCAAUAUACAAUGGACUUGGAGAGCGACAGCAUCAGAUUGAGGCAGUAAAUCGACAUGGUGGACAGUAUAUUCGAGAGGCAAAGAUUUACGACAGGAAGCUGAAACAGUACCGAGACAGCUUAGAGGACAUAGAUGCUGCCCUGGUGGAAGGUUUGGCCAAACGGCGGCGACAUGAGGGUGGGGCAGAGAUGGUCAAGACAGAAUUGGACACACUUAACCGGCGGUAUAUAGACAUGGUCAAGUGGACCAACAAUCGGCUCAAGGAGAUCACAGCGAGAUUAUCUGGAGCCAGUGAGGAUGUCCAGUUUCAGAUGGUGAUUGAUGAGGAUAUUCCGUUACUCCGUACAUUCCGGGCAGAAUUGGCCAAGCGCUCCUCUAUGUUAGUUGAUGAGGACAUGCAGGGUUUCUUUGAGCAGCUGUCCGAGUUCGAAGGCUAUGCCAGCCAGCCAGGGCAAGGAUAUAGCGGUCCAGCCAAGACCUUUGUCAGCAAAGUGACAAUGCACGCACAGAACACUCACGAACAGCCUCCAGCUACUCUUACACCAGGUAUUCGUGUAACUAAGAUGAUGGAUACCAUUGAGAAACCCGUGACAGCAGCUGUUGUCCCAACAGUUCAAAUGAGAAUGGUGUCGCCGCCACCCUCUGAUGCUGGAAAGAGGCUUUCUCAGAAAGUGGCUAGCAUCUCUAGUGUAACUUCACUGGGAAAUGUUAGUGAAAUGGACUGCAAGUUACCACAGGCUUCUCAAAUACUUGUGACUUUAAAACAGGAAAAUCUGGCACCCAAAGGGACUACAGUGUUUGUAUCGGCCAUUUUAAAUCCAAAAACUGGCCGUAAAUUAAACAUGGUGGAAGCCAUCAAGACUGGAUUGUUUGAUCCAAAAACCGGAUAUUUUAUGGAUCCCAUCACCAGUCGUCGAAUACAGUUUUUGGAAGCUUGUGAUCGAGGCUACAUUUCCUCUGAUCUACAGCGGGAGUUGAAGUCCCCAUGUGGUUUCCCUGAUCCACACACUGGGCGUCAGUUAUCUCUAAUGGACGCUAUACAGAAGGGGUACUUUGAUCCUGUUAAACUUACAUUUAGAGACCCUUCUACUGGGCUACACAUUCCAGUCCAUGAGGCCCUCUCAAGGGGAAUAGUCACUGAGGAAACAGCCAAGAAGUUGUGUGGUGAUGGCUAUGCAGUGACAACCAUAACCCAGUCUCAGGCCAUGUUUGGAGAUGGGAAACUGUCUUCAAUGGAAACAACAAUUGGCCUAGCUGAAGCUGUAGAAAAGGAACUAUACGACAGGUCAACAGGGAAGAUUCACGACCCUCUCUCUGACAAGGACCUGACUAUUUUGGAGGCUGUGGAGAAAGGCUUCAUUAGUCCUUCCAAGAAAGAAAUCAAGGAUCCAUCCAGUGGAGAAUACAUUACACUGAUAGAGGCUGUCACCAAGGGCCUUAUUGACCCAGAGUCCGGCAGAUGUAUUGAUAAGACAACUGGGCAAAGAAUCCCGUUAGAUGAAGCAUUCCAGCAACAAAUACUAAACAAGCCACUCACGCUACCCAAGGCUCUGGCAGAUGGUACUGUCACAGACAAAGGAUAUUUUGUGGAUCCCCAGUCUGGACGGGUCAUGGCUUUCUCUGAUGCUGUUGACAAUGGUUUCCUUGACGAUAGCGUAAAGUGCAUUGUUGACCCUGUUAACAAUGAUGUUCUCACCCUGUCUGAGGCAAUAGAGCGAGGUGUUAUUGACUCUCGGGGUCUGUACGUACCCCCAGGGGCAGCACCUCCAACACCUAUAGGCCAAGCCUUGGAGGAGGGGCAUAUCAAACUUGUCAGUGAAGAGGUUGUGUUUGCCAAGCCAAGUGUAAAGGAUUCCCUAACAGGAAAGACGUUAACCCUAGCUGAAGCUCUGAAGCAAGGCGUCAUCACAGGUGGAGGGGAAUUUGUUGACACUCGGUCUGGACGGCGUGUGUUACUUCGAGCGGCUGGUAGUCAGGGCUUUGUUGUCAAAGACACAGUAGAGAAAUUGACACAAGAAACAUCAUUGAAGGAUUCAUCAGGAAAAAAUGUGACAAUACUGAAGGCUGUCCAGAUGGGACUUAUCAGUCCCACAACUGGGGAAGUCAGGGACUUGACCACUGGAGAUGUGAUGCCAUUACAACAGGCCACUAUGGAGGGUCUGGUGUCUGCAGAGGAUGCACAAACAGUCGUAGAACUUCUGAGUCCAGUCGUCAUCUACACAGCACUCACCACAAAUCAAAAAUCUGUUAAAGAGGAACAGCCUAUGGAAGCCAUCACCAUUUCUGAGGCACUAGAUCAGGGACUGCUUGACGAGGACUCCCAGACUUUCAGGCAUCCCAGGACAGGUGUAACCAUGCCUGUUGAGGAUGCUAUUGAACAGGGUCUGUUGAAACUGUCAUCAGAAUGGCCACGACCUACCUUGGUGUCAGAGACUAAAGAUGAGGCUGAUCGUUGGCUGGAGGAGGUUGUUACCAAGAUGUCACCUGUGUCACCAGGUCAGUCAGCUACAGUCGAUUCCAAAUUAACCAAAGGUGAUGAGGGGUUCUCUUUCACCACAACGACCAUCUCUCGACCUGCAGUGGCUGAGAGCCUGGUGUCUGAAACCAACUACAUCAAAAUACAAAGUGUGACUGAUCCCCUCACCAAGGAGAGAUUGUCAGCUCAGGAAGCAUCAAAACGAGGACUUCUCAAUGUAUCACAAGGGUGUUUCAUCCAUCCAGUCACAGGCAAGAAGUACACAGUCAAAGAAGCAAUGGAUAAAGGAUUUUUGACAGGAAUAGAGGUGGACACUCCCACAGAUCAGGCAGUUAAAGAGGUCCGGUCAUUUUCCAUCACUGGAGUGAUUGAUCCUAACUCUGGCGAGAAGAUAUCUGUCUCCCAGGCAGUCAAGGAUGGCAUACUUGACAGAGAACGAGGUCAGUAUGUGAGUAAAGACAGGUUUGGUCGUGAGGUGCUCCUUCCCAUCAGUCAGGCGGUGGAGAAGGGUCUCGUCCUUGCCGACGAUGUCAGCUCAUCUCACAUGACACCACUGCAGGGUCUCAAACGUGAGACCAGGUCUUACCAGCUCAAGAGUGUAAAACAUCCCAUUACCGGUAAGAACAUUUCUGUCCUGGAGGCAGUGCAGGAGGGAAUACUGGAUGAGCACAAUGGAGUUUAUAUCAACACAUCAACAGGUGAAAAGUUACGCAUCCCCGAGGCAAUCGAACAGAAGCUCAUUGACGCAGAGUUGUCUUCCAUCACUUCUAAUGAUGGUGUAGAUGGCAGUAAAGUAGUCACUACUAAACUGACCACCCUCAAAGUGUCAUGGGUAGUGGAUCCAAGAACUGGUGCUACCAUCUCAGUGGCCAAGGCUGUCGAAGAUGGAAUCGUCAACCAACAUAACGGCACAUAUGUUAAUAUUGUCACAGGGGAAGUAAUGUCCAUGAAUGAUGCUAUCGAGAAAAAACUGGCCAUAGCGACUGCUUCAGGUGUUGAAUCAUCCAGUAGCUCUGAUAUUCACAGUAUUCACAUCACAGAGGAACAAGAAUCUAUGGAGGCAACACUGGUAGAGGACAUUACAGCAGAGACUGUGACAUUAAGCAUCAGCAGUGUAGUUGAUCCUAUCACCAUGGAGAUGGUUUCAUAUGAUGAUGCUGUCAUCAGUGGUGUCCUUGACCUUAAUAAGGGCCUUUAUGUCAAUACAAGGUCAGGAGAGGCAAUUCCAAUCAACUCUGCUCUCAACAAAGGCCUGAUACAUGCUGAUGUGACAGGUACAAAACGUGAGGAGGAAAUCUUCCACAGUUCAUUACAGGCAGGAAGUGGGGGGUUUUCCCUCAAACAUGUUGCUUCAAUCAGGGAUGCAAAAACUGGACUGGAGAUGUCACCAGUCAAGGCAGUGCAACAAGGCCUCAUUGACCUGGAGAAAGGAACAUUCCUAGACACAAGAACCUGCGUGAGGAUUCCUUUAGAGGAUGCAUUCAAACAGGGAUUCUUUUCCAUGACCAAGGCAACUGAUGCUGAUGAAAUCACUAGACUUAUGAAUGAAUCUCAAGAUGAGAUAACUCCACCUGCUGUAUCUGGGAAUGGAAUUGUGCCAAACGUAGUAGAGAUGAAAUUAGAGAAGUCAGGCAUGCAGGAUAGUGACAAGCAAAGAUCUGGUGUGCCUGAUGAGAUUCUCAAUUACACUACAGAUAUUGAACAAAGUUUUGAGAUGGAGGCUGAGGAUAUUCCAGACUCCCAUAAGAAUGGACAGUUGACAAUUGGUACCAAACAGACCACAAAGAUGGGAGGAGAUGUACGCGGAGUGAAGGUCAACACCACUGCCUUCCCACAGGGCUUGUCCUACUGCGAGGCAGUCAAUGUUGGUCUGGCUGACCCAACAUCUGGAAAGGUCCGGGAUCCUAGGAGUGGAAAUCUGAUUUCUUUGCAGGAAGCAAUGGAACAAGGAAUCAUCAACCCACUUAAACCUGCCAUGGUCAGCAUUGUUGGCAAUAACCCCUUGACCUUACAGGAAACAUUUAAGCAAGGAUUUGUUGACCCAAAUACUGGUCGGGUCAAUUACCAAAAGAGUAAAGCAGAGAAUUUCCAGAUUAGUCCUAACCUACCAACUCAGUUCUCCUCCCCAGGGCCGCUCAAUUUAAUGGAUGCUCUAAAAGCUGGACUUUACAAUCCUUCCAGCCGCAAGUUUCUGGAGCCAUUGUCUGGUGACAUCAUGUCUAUACAGGAGGCAGUUAACCGUAAUGUGCUGAAUGGUAAAAUGGUGACAGUUCGGGAUACAGCAUCAGGACGUCGGGUCUCUCUGAAGUUGGCCCUAAGCAAGGGUCUCAUUGAUGGGACUACUGCUACAGUAACGGACACUGCCACAGGGGAAGUGAUGUCACUGGAAGAGGCAGUGAAGCGUGGAUUGAUCGAGAAUGCUGUGGAUGAGAAUGAGGGUACUGUAUAUGAUACAGUGACAGGAGAAGGUAUUCCGCUUAACAAGGCCAUCACAGAUGGACAACUCCGUGCAGAAGAUGUCACCAUCUUAGACACAGCAAGUGGUGAGAUGGUGUCUAUGGAUGUGGCCUUCAGAAAAGGUCUGAUCGAUAGGAGGACAGGGAGUGUCAAAGACAAGCAGACAGGACAGAAGAUGACUGCUCAGGAAGCUGUAAAGUUGGGGCUCAUGGCAGUAGUUGGAGCUCCAGUUCUAGCAGGAAAGGCUGUGUUUGAUGCAGUGAAAGGUAGAAAAGGACAGACAUGGACAGAGGAUGUGAGUCGUGAUGUGGAUACAUGGAAGAUGGACGUCUCCCCUACCAAGGAUGUGUUUCAGAAGCGGACACUCUCAAGCUCCUCCAGUUCUCCUCAGAGAUCACCUGUGAAGGAUUCCAGUUACAAUUUUGGAUCCCCAACAAAAGAUGUUGAACGAUCACCAGUGAAGGAAAAGAGUAGUGGAUAUGGAUUGCAAAUCAAAGACCGUGUGCAAUCACCUGUGAAGGAUUAUUACAGUUCAGUGUCCAAAGAUCCUGGCCAAUUACCUGUGAGUGACAAUGGAUUUAGUGUAAAUGGAAAUGGUCUUCAUGAUGAUGGCGUACAACAGCCACUGACUACCAUUGUUUAUGCUAAACCAACAGACCGAAUUAAGGUCUCACAGCCCCAGAGAGAGACUGAUCAGCACAACUCUCCUGACGACCGUAGCCCAAGUCCAGCCUAUGGUUUUAUGGUAAGUGAGGGUCAGGAGAAGAAAACUGAUUCCUCUUCUAUGUACAAACAACAUGAUGAGACUGAUGUUUCAGCAUUCGUUAUGUCUCGUGGAGACAACUCUUUCCCGUUAGGUCCCCAAUCUGUGUCAAGUGUGAGUUUAUCUCCCCUUUCAUCCCCCUCCUCCUCGACUGUCCCGGAUCUGGUUACUAGACCCUCCUUACCGUUGCAUGAGGCAGAUCCUCGGGGCUCUUCAAUCUCUGGAACCAAGGUGUUUGUGAAGUCCAGUGAUCCUCCAUCUGCUGAUAAGGUUCCCACCCCUCCCCUAUCUCCAAUAACUGUUCAAUCCUCCUCAAUAAUGUCCAAAGAUGACCUCACUGUUGACUGGACAGCAGGAAAGGUCAUUGUCUCGCCAACAGGAGAAGUCAUGAAUGUCACCGAGGCUGUACAAAGAGGUUUGUUAGACUCGGACACAGUUGAGGAAUUGGCUGAGAAAGCUGCUUCAGAGUCUAAGACUCCGGAAAUAGACAUAAACUGGGAUGAUGGUACCAUUACAGUUAGGGAUACCCAGGAAAAGAUUUCUGUUAUGGAAGCCAAGUUCCGUGGCUACAUAGACUUACAAACCUCUACGACAUUAACAACUGUGAUUGAAAAGAUGGAGGAAAUCAAAACAGAAGAGACAAAACAAAUUGUACCUGUUGUUGUACAAAAACCAACUGGCGCGAAAAUACAGGAAACUACAGUGGUACGUAAAACAAGGAAAGUAGUGGAAGGAAAUGAACCUCCUGAAUAUGUUCCCCAAGACACUACAACUGAUGGAGUCUUGAGUCUCAAUGAAAUAGUUAGGGUUGAUAAAAAUGUGACAGACUCGGGUAGUAUAUUUGUCCAGGGCUAUGAUUAUCCCAUAUCUAUCCGCAGAGCUAUGGAUGAACAUGUGAUAGAUAUAGGCAAUUCAUGUAUAGUUGAUCCCCAAACUGGACGGCUUCUCAACCUGAUUGAAGCCAUUCGUAUUAAGAUAUUAGACCCCUAUACUGGUAAGUUAACACAUUUAGGGACAGGGGAGAAAAUCACUCUCAAGGAGGCAUUCCUCGAGGGUCUAAUCCCACAACCAGGGUACAGUGUGACAUUUCACACAGAGACGGAGACCGAUGUCGGGGAACGGCUGAACACAUCCUUGUCUCUGUUAGAGGCAGUAGAGAACAACCUGGUAGAUCAGGGUAGUGGAACCUACACACAUCCACAGACAGGGGAGAUAAUGUCCCUGGCUGCUGCCAUACAGUAUGGCUACAUAGACUCUGUCGACAGUCACCACAACGUUACCGUGUCUGAGACACACGUUGACAGGAAGGAGGAGAAAAUGAUGGAAGAAACACGAGUUCAGCUGAAACCAAUUGCGCUAAAGCCUAGCACACUGAAGACUUCCUCCACAGCGCCACCUGUACAGGAAACCAGGCAGUUUGCUACAAGUACUCAAGUAGAAGAGACUAGGAGUUUUACAGAAGCCAUGAAAGUAGAGCAAAGUAUGUCUGAAUCCAGAUUAGACACACAUACAGAUUCUCGAUUCGGGGAGCAGAGUACUGCAUCAGGUGUGCAUAAACUAGAUGUUUUAAGGGGCCAACUGAUGAACACUUCCCAGCCAGACAGGAUGACUCACGAGGUACAGAUGAUGAGCCUCAGUUCUGCUAUAGAGAUGGACUAUUUUAGUGAAGAGAGUGGCAUCUUCAAGGAGCCAAGAACCAGAAAGGAAAUGACCCUGGACGAAGCUAUCAAAGCCGGAUAUAUUGAUGGUAACAGUUUGAUGGUGGAUAUCAAGACGGAUGAGAAACUAACCCUACAGGAGGGUAUCCGGGCAGGGCGGAUUGAUCCCAUUCAAGGAAAAGUUGUAGAUAAGGAUUCUCAGUCCAAGUUUUCACUCAAAGAUGCUGCUAAGUUUGGACUCCUGGCAGUAGCUGGAGCACCUGCUCUGGCAAUCAUGAAGGCGACAGGAUCAUUGAGUCGGAAAUCUAAAAAGGAGACUUCCUCAACUAUUGACAGUUCUUCAUUUGUUGUGUCCCAAUCACCAACUGCUGAGACCCCCACAAAGAAGACAUUGCCCAAACCUCUACCCAAACCUGUUGAUGUUUCUAAGGAUAGUCCUGUCAAUUUACAGUCUAGGACAGUGAAUGUUGUGGGCCCUACCACAUUAGAAAUAAAAGAUACAAUUCAUUCCCAACACUUUGACAGUCUGCCUCGAAAGCAAGAUGUUAAAACAGAGUCUGUGGAAAAGGUUACGAGAAAGGUAAAUGUGGAAGGAGUGAGAGACUCCGCUGCUGGUACAGAAGUACCUCUUACUACAGCGCUAGAUAGGGGGCUAAUUAACCAACACGACGGGACAUACACUAACAGUCUGACUGGGCAGACAUUCACAUUGACAGAGGCCCUCGACCUUGGCUACAUACAGGGCAAGGUUAUUGACACUUUUACUACUAAGGAGCAAACAACAAAUGAAGGAUUCCAUGCUGAUGUCACGUUUCAUGAGAAGAAGAGACUGUCAAUCGUGGCAGUCACUGAUUCUUUGACUGGUGAGAAAAUGUCUCUGCCAGAAGCUGUGGUCCGUGGUAUAGUUGACAAAGAAGGUCGCACUUACUACCAAAAGGAAACAGGGAAGCGGAUUCCUAUAAUGGAUGCUGUACAGGAACACCUGGUGGUUGCUAGGGAUGUUGACUCACAGAUGAAAACUGAUGAAAAAUAUCGGACUUCAAAACAAGAUAUCAUCACCCAGACGAAAUCACUGAAAGUCCACACAGUUGUUGACCCAGCCACACAGGAGAGAAUGAGCCUUCCAGAAGCUGUGAGGAAGGACAUACUUGAUCUGAAGGUUGGCAUUUUGAAGAAUAUACACACAGGAGAGGAGAUACCAUUGAGUGAAGGUCUCAAGCAAGGCUUGGUUCAGGGGGAUGAUUCUGCUGGCUUUACAUCCAUGAAAGGAUCUGAGGUGUAUGAACAGAUGGCAGAAACUCUGCAUCUGAAAUCUGCAUUUGACAGUGAAACUGGACAAUUCAUUCCUAUAAAAUUAGCCAUUGAGAAAGGUAUCAUUGACAGUCAUUAUGGAAAAUUCCGAAAAUCUACUGGAGAAAUAAUUCCUGUUUCCAAGGCAGUGAAGGAAGGACUCAUCAAGGGAGAACGUCCAAUGUCACCUAUGUCCCCAAGGUCAGCAGGUGUUGUAUUUGAGAAGAAAUCAGUCAAUAUUCAAUCGGUACAUGACCCACUCUCUGGACAGAACAUAUCAGUGGUAGAUGCUGUCGACAGAGGAAUUCUAAACUUGCAGACGGGUGUGUAUUCCAAUCCACGUACAGGAGAGAAGAUGAGUAUCCCAGAGGCCAUAGCUAAAGGUUCCAUUAAAGCUGAGAGUUCAACAGAAAUAGGACCAAUGGGUACAACAUUUACAGUGGACACUGGAUCUAAAACCUUGACAGUUAAAUCAGUCACAGAUCCCAGGACUGGCGAACAGAUAUCGGUGCCAAAAGCCCAGAGGCGAGGACUGUUAUCCAAUGACCUUCAAACCUAUCAGGAUCCAUCUGGACGAGUCAUGGAUAUUACAGAUGCAGUAAAACAGGGCCUUGUAGAGGCUAGUUUACAAGAGGCCAUACCAGUUCUUACCUCUGUUACUAGAGAGUCUGUUACAGUACAGUGCCUAGUUGAUCCAGUCACAAAAUCGGAGAUUCCAGUACACGUUGCCAUACAGAAAGGAUUGUUUGAACCAGAGAAAGGCUUAAUUACAAACCUCCGAACUGGUGACAAAAUGCCUGUUGAGGAGGGAGUGAGGAAGGGUCUGGUGAAGGUUGAUUCCUCCAAAGUCAAGGAAAAGACCGACGAUCUAGUGGUUGUUAAAGAUGUGAUAGUCACCAAGGUCAAGGAUCCUUUGACUGGACGUGAUCUCAUGGUCAAGGAAGCAGUCAGAAAGGGUAUCCUCGACAAGGAUAAAGGAUUGUAUUAUGAUCCUCAUACAGGGGCGUCAAUGCCAAUUGAAGAGGCUCUGAAGAGCCACCUGGUAGAGGGAAGUCACAUGUCACAGAGUCAACUUGUCGACAAAAAAACCAAGGAUAUGAAGCAAAUCAACAUUACCAUGGUGCUUGACCCUGAAUCUGGUAAAGAGAUCUCUGUCAAUGAGGCAAUUGAACGUGGAAUUGUUGAUCAGGAUAUGACUACAUAUUAUGACAGGAAGCUAGGAAAAAGCAUUAAGAUGGAGGAUGCUUUCCAAAAUGGCCAAGUAUCUGGAGUUGUACAGACAAUCACUACAACCCAGACAAAGGUAAAAUCCAACAGGCCUGGUUCAACCUACAACAUCACACGUGUCAUGGAUACUGCUUCAGGAAGAAUGCUGAAUGUGGCUGAGGCUGUCAACAGAGGCAUUCUGGAUGAAAAAGGCAACUUUGUUGAUACCAGUAAGGGAGAGGUCAUCCCUGUUUCCAAAGCAAUGAAGAAAGGCCUUGUCCGUGCUGAUGAGGUAGCAGUGACCAGUCCUGGCAGUAAGACAGACCAAUGGGGCAUCAGAUUAAGGGAUGCCCUCAGGUACGGCUACAUUGAUAUUCCCACUGGCAUUUACACCGAGCCGAAAAAGGGCAAGAUGUACACUAUUGAUGAAGCAAUCAGAAAUGGACAUCUGACAGCAGAUGACAAAUGUCCAUAUCGUUAUUCUGGGCCAAAAUAUGACAACACAACUCAUAGCUUCCAGCAUGCUCUCCAGACAGGCUUACUUGACCCCAAGACAGGUAUGUUCCAUGAAACGACAUCAGGGGCAUAUAUAUCUGUAGAGGAAGCUCUUAAGCACCAAUACUUGUCCCCAAUAGCUGGCAGAGUUGGAGGUAAAGGUGACUCAGUUAUUAUUCUGAAGGGGGCAGAGGUAUCCCCAGUCAUAUCUGAGGGGAUUUUGUACACAGACUUCGUGGACCCCACAACUGGUGAGGAAAUAGACACAAAAGAGGCUACCAAAAGGGGCCUGGUCAGCAUGGUUAAUGUCCAGCAGCCCAUCACAGUGAGUGAUGCUAUCCGUACAGGGUUGGUGGAUAGUGAUACUGGUGUGUACCAUGAUCCCAAGUCUGGUGAUAAGCUCUCUGUGGACGAGGCAGUCAUCUGUGGCUUCCUGAACAUGGACCAACCAGAGACACUGGAUGAUGUUCAGCUCCAACACAGUGAGGAACUCCCAGUGUCACUGACUGAUGCCAUUAGGAAGGGCGCUCUCAACGUGGCAAACGCUGAAUUUACAGAACCACGCACUCGGCAGACUGUGUCAUUACAAAAAGCGAUUCAGCUUGGAUAUCUACAACCAAAACUGACAAGUAAUGAUGAUGAUGACAUAACAAAUGACAGUGGUGAAAGUAGUAAAACUGACGAAAGUUUUGAUGGUAAGACAGAUGACAGCAUUGAUGGGAAGACUGAUAACUCUGUCAUUGAUGACCUGCCUCGUGAGAUUGAGGCAGAAAAAUACACAGUGGUCCUAGAGGGGUCACCGUUUUCUCCCAAGACUGAAGUGGUAGUAGAUAAAGAUGGUGCUGUGGUUUCACGCACGGCAACUGAGGUUCAGAUUAAGACUGGCACUGCAGUAUAUGUCACUAAACCUGGUUUCUUGGUUGAGGCUAGUGGGCGUGUACGUAACACCUCGACAGGUGAAGUGAUGACAUUCCAGGAGGCGGUGGAUGCUGGUCUGGUGGAGACUGAGAGUGUAGAGGGAAGCAGCGAGGUUCAGGUAAUGGGCGGCACCAUCCCACCAGGCCUUGAAGGUGACUCAUCCUCUACAUCCUCCCUGUCUGCGUCCAUGACGACUUCUGAUGGGGGAAGGUUAGUUGAUUCCUAUGACAAACUUGCCCAGGAUCUAAACAAUGAACUGAACUGGCUGUCAGAUGUUGAACAGUUGCUAAGAGAUGAUCAGCCAAUCAGCGAUGAUGCACACAAAGUUCAGGGCCAAUUAGAAGCACAGAAGACUCUCCAUGAUGAUAUCCAGAAGCACCAACAGCCGAUCCUGUCCCUUGUCUACCAGACAGAACAGCUCCUAGAGAACCACCAGGAGGAGCUGACUCCCGAACAGGUUACCGAGGUCCAACAGCUAGCAACCAGUCUAAAGUCCACAUUUGGCAAGGUCCAGAAAACCGCUGAUGCAAGGGUGAAGCAUUUGACCACUGCCACUAAUGAAGUCACUAAAUUUGAGGAGGAGCAAACUAAGUUUAAUACCUGGCUGAGUGAGACCAAUGAUGAACUGACCAAACACCAGAAAGAGGUUACCAACCUUGACCAUCUGAAACAUAUCAAGGAACAGCAAAAGGAUAUGCUGAAUGACAUCAUCUCCCACCAGGCAGACCUCAGGUUCAUGUCCAUGGCUGUACAGAAAUACAUGGAGGAGGCCAAGCUCCACAAGCUAGAGGUUGAUGCCUUCAAGGCCAACCGACGAAAGACCAAUCGCCUUAGCUGGCUUGGAAUGGAGGGCAUGGAGGCAGAGCAAGUUGGUGACAAAUUGAAGGUGGCGACCACUCGAUAUGAAGACUUGAAGUCUAAAUGUGCUCUGUUUGGAGACAAAAUUGGAUCACUGUCCACCAAACAACGGAAUUUCAACGAGAGCACAUUUAAACUACUGACAUGGCUAACAGAUAUCGAAGAGAAAUUAUCUACAUCUAAACAAGAGUCUGCAACCACUGACCCUGAGGUUUUGGGACAACAGCUUGGACUAAUGCGCUCCGCCAGCAGUGAUGCAAUCGCACAUGGCGUACAGUUAGAUGAUUUAGAGAAGUCAUCACAUGAUUUGAUUGACAUGCUGAAAGAUCUGGCUGUUGAUGUAGACCACAUACACAAGUUAGAGGAUAUUGUAGACGAUAUCUCUGGUCGACACAAGGAAGUGCUGGGUGAGGUUAAUGAAAGGUCAAACAGCCUCCAGAUGGCAUUGACAAAGUCCCAGGAUGUUGAAGAUGCCCUAGACAACUUGUUGUCAUGGGUACGUGAUACAGACAAAACACUGUCCACACAAAAGCCUGUCAGCCUUAUGAGGGAUAGACUUAGUGAGCAAUACCAAGAACUUAAAACAAUAAGUGCAGAUGUGGAAAGUCAUAAGCCAAGCUUAGAUUCUGUUAGACACGAAGCCAAUGAACUGAUCAAAACAUGUGAACUAGAUAUGGCAAAAUCUCUUGAGUCUAAACUUGGAGACCUCGCCAACCGAUUUGGAGGUGUCCAGUCUAAGUGUAAGGCACGAGCCAAGGAUAUUGAAGAAAUCUCAGAAACCCUCGGGCAUUUCCAGGACACUCUGGAACACUGUAAUGUAUGGCUGGGCUCCAAGAUAAAAAAUCUUGAGGACAAAGACUUUAACAAAAAGACUGGUGAUGAAAUGAAAGACAAAGUAGAUGGUAUGGCUAUUGAGAAAAAGAGGAAAGAAGAAAUUGUGGAAGAAUUGAAGCAGCUUGGACAGGCUCUUGUUGAAGAUCAACGCACAGGUGAGGUCAGCGAGUUGAAGGAAAAGUUGUCAGAACUGUGUCGAGAUUGGGAGGACUUUAAUGAACUGCUUUCUGAGCGAGAACAAGAGGCACAGGAGAAGGAGAGGCAGUCAGACGAGUACAGUAACAUGAGGAAGGCCGUGGUGGACUGGCUGACAACCAUGGAGGGCAAGGUUGAUGCUUUCGAGCCAGUCGCUGUUGAUGUGGAGGUGGCAGCUGUUCAGAUAGAGGAAUUACAGCCCAUGCUACAGAACUAUCAGGAAUUCACAGACACAAUUGAUGAGGCCAAUGACCUUGGAUGUGCUUUUGAUGCCCUUCAGAAUGCUGACCAGCGACCAAGCAGUCCAUUCAGGAAAAUCAUGCGUGGUCGCAGAUUGCCAAGUCUGAUGUCACCUCGUCUACGAAGUCCUUCACCAACAUUCCCACCACCAUCUCCCACAACAAUGCUGAGCCCGAUGUCAAGUGAGUCUGGAAUCAGCAGCAAAAAGAGCUCUUCUGAUAACCUACUAGUGGAAGAUCUGACAGAUAUCCAACAGGAGCUCGUAGAUAUUAACCAGAGGUAUGAUCUACUCGGGGAACGCCUUGCCGAUCGUCACCACGAGUUACAGAGCAUGCUUGACAGCAUGAAGACCUUCCUUCAAAAUCUCAAUGACCUCAUGACCUGGGUUGACCUCAAGGACCUUGACGUCCACCUGGCAGCAUCACUGCCCACAAGUGAAAGAGAGGCUAAGAAACAACUUAAGGAACAUGAGGAGUUUCACAAGGAGCUUCUAGACAAGGAAGGACUAGUAGAGGACAUUCGUGCCAAGGCCCAGGACCUAAUGAAGACCAAGAAAGGCAUCCCUGGUACCGACGUCGUACAGCAACAACUGGCAGAGCUGGAGGACAAGUGGUUGGAUCUGAAAGUUGAAUCUGAGCAGCGCAGGAAAUCGCUGGACGACAUGGUUACUGACCUUCGGGCUUUCAAGGAUGCUGGUGUCCAUCUCCAGAAGUGGGUUGCACAGAAGGAGAAGAUGGUUGGUGUCCUGGGUCCUGUAGCAACUAGCCCUGCCCUGAUACAGAACCAGCAGCAGCAGGUCAAGUUACUUCAGGAGGAGAUUCAUGGCCAGGAACCUCUAUACGAGACAUUCAUCAGAUCUGGUCACUCCAUACUGGACAAGUGUGAGCCUGAGGGCAAGGACUCCUCGCACAUAAGUCAAAAAAUGGAUGUCAUCAGUAAGGGCUGGGAUCGAAUCGGGACUCGACUACGGGACCGAGCUCAGAGCCUCACAGCAGUCGAGGGGUUGAGUGGGGAGCUGGAACUCACACUACAGACGGUCGGUGACUGGAUCGCAGAUAUCUCCACAAGGCUAGAGAAAGUCGAGCCAGGGGCAGUUAGUCCGAUGGAACACAGAGCACAGAUGGACUUCUUACAGUCCCUGGAAGCAGAGGUUGUGCAACAGAAGCCCAUGAUAGAGAAAGCCAAGGAAUUAUCCAAGAAGGUCGCAGAGAAUACCAAAGACCCAAGUACCAAGGUCGAACUGAAAAACAAGCUAUCCGCUGUAGAGAAGCCACUCCAGGAGAUUGAGAAGAAACUAGCUGGUAAGAAACUGGAAGUAGAACAGGCCAGUCAAGAGGGGCAACAUUUCCAGGCCACAUGUACAGACAUUCUCGACUGGAUGGCAGAGACAAAAGAGAGGCUAAAGGAGCAGCCACCGAUCUCUGGCAGUGAGGGAAUUCUCAAGGAACAAGCCCUUCAACAGUCGCUUACUGCCAAGGAUAUAUCGGAACAUGCCCCGGAGUACAGGGACAUUCUGAAGAAAGCCCAGCAACUCCUGGCUACAUACACACCCUCAGAACACGCCGACGAACUGUCCAAUCGUGUGGAGGCUAUCAAAGCUGAUUGGGAAGAGAUGAAUAAACUGGCGAACCACAGAGGUCAACAGAUAGAUGCAAGUUUAAAGCAUGCCCAGACAUUCCAGGACCAAAUGGAUAACAUGUUGGUAUGGUUACAGAUGAAGGAAGACCGUCUGAAUGACACAUCAUCUAAUAGUUUGGAUAGGGAUGGACUGGCCAAGAAACUUAAGGAUGCCCAGAACCUACAAGCUGACAUAUUGAAGAAAACACACGACCAUGACAUCAUCAACAAGGAAGGUCACGCUCUGAUGGAUGUUGUUGAUGCUGACCAGGACCAUGUGUCAAAGAACCUCAAAGAUGUCAACCAGAGAUGGUCUGACCUUGGUGAUGGGGUAAGCACUCGUGUUGCUGAGUUAGAGGAUCUGACACAGAAACUGGACGAGUUCCAGGAUAAUCUCAGGGAUGUGGAGUCCUCCGUUCAAAAGAGUGAGGACCGACUGGAGGCUCACAACAAACAGGGAAGCUCUGCCCGUGACCCCAAGCAUGUCGACAAAAUCAAGGCCAUGCAGGAGGAUGUUGAACUGAUGACACCUCAGUUGGACUAUGUCGAGGCUCUAUUGGAUGGAUUCAACCUUGACAAUGACAGCUGCUCCACACGACCGUUGACAGAUGACCUUGAGAAGGUGAAGGACAGACAUCAAGGCCUACAGGAUGAGAUAUCAUCACUGUUGUCAGAUUUGGAGGCAGGGUCACAGGUUGUGUCAGAGUACCAGGAUGAAAUUCAGAAGGCUGCAGCAGAGUUGUCUGCCAGUGAAAAUUUCUUUGCCAGUCUGGAACCAAUCAGCCGUGAUGAGUCUGCCCUCACUGGCCAGCACAGGGACCUGGAGGAAUUCUUGUCAAAACUUGGAGAAACGAAAGACAAAUUUGAAAACCUGGAAAAGCAGAAAAAGAACCUUAAGGAUUCUGGCUACAUCACAGAAUCAGCUGUCGGAGGCUCACCACUGAAGUCCCUACAGAAACAGCUUGAUGGUCUUAAGGACCGUGCUAAACAACGCCAAGACGAGGUGGAUGCUGUGGCCAAUAAAAUUGAGGGAGUCAACGACAGUCUACGCCGAACACGUACAAGUCUGGACCGUGCAGCAGCAGAGCUAGAUAUGCAUGAGCCAAUCGGGACCGACCUUAAAGCUAUCAAAAAACAACAGGAGGAGCUCAAGAUGUUCCAGAAGUCAGUGUUGGAACCCCAACAGAAGAGAGUUGAUGGAGUGUUAGCAGGAACUCAGGAGCUCAUCCAGUCAGCGGCACCAGGCGUCGGCACCAGUGGACUGGAGGCUGACCUCGAAAUACUGACGGACAAGUGGUCAGAACUUGGUGAAAAGGUGUCUGAGCGUGAGCGUAGCCUAGACAAUGCCCUGAUGCAGGCUGGGAAAUUCAAUGAUGCCCUUGAAUCACUCCUGAGCUGGUUGAAGGAAACAGAAGAGAUGGUAGCCAAUCAGAAGUCACCAUCACCAGACUAUAAAGUAAUCAAGGCCCAGCUACAGGAGCAGAAAUUCUUAUUGAAGAUGCUGGAUGAUCGUGAACCAAGUGUCAAAUCAGCUAAACAAGUAGGCACCAACCUUCAGAAGAAUGUUGACCCUCGGGAGCAAAAGGGUAUUCAGAAUCAGAUUGCCCAACUCCAGCAACGCUACGACACACUCAAACACAAUGCUGGCAACCGACUGGACACACUGGAGCAGGUGGUGGUUCUCGCAAAGGAGUUCCAGGAAACCCAGGACCCACUCGCCUCCUGGCUAGACUCAAUGGAGAAGAAAUUUGCAUCUCUUGAACCAUCUGCAAUGGAUACAGAGGGCAUUGAGAAUAUUGUGUCCUCUUUACUGGAUAUGGAGAAGGAGAUCCAGAAUCGUGAUGACCAGGUACGACUCCUCGCUGCACGAGGCAAGGACUUACAGAACAACUGCAAACCAAAUGAGGUCAAGGCCAUACAGAAGAAGAUCGAUGACAUACAAGGUCGCUACCUUGAACUCAAAAACAAGGUCACCGACUCUGCAGAGCAGAUGGAGGAGGCAUUGCCCAUGGCAACCAACUUCAAUGAGGCACAUGCCAAGUUUAUUGACUGGGUUGUGAAGAUCGAGCCCAGACUCCGUGCCAAGGAGGCAACUGGCCCAGAGGCAGAGGAACAAGUCCAGGGCUUCAUUGACCAACUGUUGGAAAUCCAGCCUACCUUGGAAGUGCUCAGUAAUGAUGGUAAUCAGCUCGCGGAACUUGCUCCGGGUGAUGCAGGGUUAAAGGUCGAGGACAUGAUGAACAAAGAUCUUAAGCGAUUUGAUGCUGUCAACGAACAAGUGCAGAAACGGUCACAGAAACUCCACUCCUCAAAACAACGGUCGUCAGAGAUUGUUGGGGACAUGAAUGACCUACUGGAAUGGUUUGAGGAUCAAGGCAAAAAGAUCGUAAAUGCUGCUCCAGUUAGCAGUGAUCCCGAUACUCUGGCCUCACAGGUCGCAGAGCAAAAGGUGAUCAAUGAUGACAUCACAAAUCAGAAAGGCAAGGCCCGCGAUCUCAUCACUAGGGGGAGGAAACUCCUGAGGGAGAGUUCGCUGGAGGAUGACCCCAGACUGCGUGAGAGAGUAGAAACCCUCAAACAGGCUGUCGAUGCCAUCACAAAGCUCGGCAUAGAUAGGUUGAGUCUGCUUGAGCAAGCUCAGCCACUGGCCAAACAUUUCACUGCCACCCACCAAGAUCUGCUCGACUGGUUCAGUGAAGCAGAGCCUGCACUACGUGAGCUUGAGGUCAUGUCCAUUGAUGUUGACGAGGUCAAAAAGCAGCAGGAUCGUAUCAAGGUGCUGAAACAAGAUGUACAGGACCACAAACCAGUGAUUGACAGGCUCAACAAAACAGGAAAUGCACUCCUCAAGCUUUGUGCUGACAAAGAUGGGGUCAAAGUUCAGGCUAUUCUGGAUGAUGACAACAAGCGCCUGGAUAACAUUCGUAACUCCAUGAAGGAGAGGUCAAUGUCAAUUGAUGAAGCUCUGCAGCAGUCGGCUGAGUUCACAGACAAACUGGAGGACAUGUUGGAGAAUCUCACAUCCACAUCAGAACAGGUCCAGCAUGCUGAAGCCAUUUCCGCUCAUGCAGAAAAGAUCCGAGAACAGAUUUCUGAAAACAAGGGUUUGAUGGAUGAUAUGGACAUGAGACAGUCUGCACUCAGGUCGGUCAAGUCAACAGCGGAGGAGCUCAUCAAACAAGCCAGCAGUGACCAGGAUGAGGCUGUACAAGAUGUACAACAGAAACUUGCAGAACUGAUCCAACUGUACAAUGACAUCAAGGGUUCCACACAGAAUCGAAGCGUGGCACUCGAGGACACGCUGGAGGUGUCAGAGAAAUUUUGGGAUGACAUCCAUCAUAUAACCGGAGUAAUGAAGGAUCUUCAGGACAAUAUCAACUCCCAGGAACCUCCGGCCCUGGAACCCUCCAUUAUCAGGGAACAACAGGACUUCCUCGAGGCCAUUAAAGAGGACAUAGAGGACUCAAAGUCUGAACUUGAGGAGGUACGACAGACCGGAGAUCAGCUGAUGUCAUUGUGCGGUGAACCAGAUCGUCCAGAGGUCAAGAAGAACAUUGAUGACCUUGACACCAACAUGAGUGAGAUUGAAGCCGAGUGUGACAAACGCUCCAAGACACUGGAGAAUGCUCUCAACAAAGCUGUCCACUUCCAAGAUGAACUCAUGAAAUUGCUGGUGUGGCUCCAGAAGAGGGAGGUCCGCAUGAGGGAGAUGGACAAGGUGGGAUCUGACUUUGACACAAUUAAAACUCAAUGGAACGACAUUAAGGUAUUCAAAGCUGAGGUGGAACCCAAGCAAGUAGAAAUUGAGUCACUCAACCAGAACGGCAAUGAUAUGGUCAAGGAGACACCUUCGAGUGACCAGGCCUUAGUGGUCAAGGAACCUCUGACCUCGGUCAACAAGCGCUGGGACGGACUCCUAGAAGGAAUAGCUGAGAGACAGCGCAAACUCCAAUUGGCCAUGUUGGAUGCUGGUCAGUUUGAGCAUGCACUCAAUGAACUACUGGCAUGGCUGGACAAGACUGAACAAACCCUGGACGAGACGGAGUCUUCUUAUGGCGAUCCCAAACACAUCGAGAUAGAGCUCUCAAAACUCAAGGUUGUACAGAAUGAUAUAGAUGCCCAUAAAGAGAGUGUUGACUCUGUCAAGGAGGCGGGUGCACGCGUGGUCGCGACAGAGAAAGGCAUGGACACCCCUAUCAAACGUAAGCUCAGUGAGGCCAACGGAACAUGGGGACGAGUUCAGGACAAGUGUGACAGGAAGUACUCGGAGUUAAAGGAUGCUCUCAGAGAGGCCAAGCAGUUUACAGGGGACCUUCAGGAUCUACUGGUUGUACUAGGGGACCUUGAGGGGAACCUCAUCACAACCACCCCUGUGGGGGGCCUCCCAGAGACUGCUCGGGAACAACUCGACAGAUUCAUGAGUAUGUUUGAGGAAUUGGAGCGGACCAAACCUCGUGUAGACAAGAUCAAAGAGGACGGAAAUAAACUACGUGAGAAAAGUGCUGAACCUGCUGCCUCCAACAUCCAGCAAAAACUGGGACUUCUACAGCAGCACUGGGACCACAUUGGGUCACGUGCUACUGACAGGAAGAGAAAGCUGGAGGAGGCUGUGGGACAAGCUAACAGUUUCCAUGCCGACCUGAACAAGUUCAUAGCCUGGCUGACAGAUACAGAACGAACACUAAACAACCUAAAUCCUGUCAGUCGUCUCCUUGAACGAGUGGCUGUCCAGAUCGAGGACCAAAAGGUACUCCAGAAAGAUGUGAGCCGUAACCGUGAGGUGAUGAUUGCCCUAGAUAAAACUGGAACUCACCUGAAGUACUUCUCACAGAAACAGGAUGUGAUUCUUAUCAAAAACCUGCUAUCCAGUGUCCAACAUCGCUGGGAGAAAAUCGUGUCUCGCAGUGCCGAGCGCACCAGGCAUCUAGAGAGAGGCUUCAAGGAAGCUAAGCAGUUCCACACCAUAUGGAAGGAGCUCCUUGAUUGGAUGAGAGAUGCUCUCCAGACAUUGGCCAGUAACCAGCUGGUCGGUAAUGACCCAGCAACCAUCAAGGCACAGAUAGGUAAACAUAAGGAGUUCCAGCGAAGCCUGGGUACCCAUCAGCCCCUGUACGACAGUGUAAACAGGGGAGGACGAGCUCUCAAGGACAAAUGUCCACCAGACGAUGUCCCGGAGAUUCAGAGGAUGCUGACAGAGCUCAAGGCACAGUGGAAUAAUCUCUGUGGAAAGUCUGUGGACAGACAACGUAAGUUGGAGGAGGCACUGUUGUUCUCAGGCCAGUUUACAGAAGCCCUGCAGGCGUUACUGGACUGGCUGGGUAAGGUAGAGCCAACUCUAGGGGAAGACCAGCCCGUCCAUGGUGACAUCGACACGGUCAACAACCUACUGGAGGCCCACAAGGCAUUCCAGCAGGAGCUUGGAGCGAGGUCAAACACUGUAGCCUUUGUAAGGAAGCGAGCCAUGGAACUGAUGGACAAAGCAGAAGGAGAUAUGUCCCAACAACAGGCUGAGCUGAUAGAACUGUCCACAAGCUGGGACCGUGUCUGUAAACUGUCUGUCAAUAAACAGGAGAGACUGGAACAGGCACACAAACUGGCUGAAGACUUCCACCAGAAGGGACAGAGUUUGAUGGACUGGCUAGCCAGUGCUGAGAGACAGUUGAGGUACAGAGGACCAAUACCUGAUGAGGAAGCGCCCCUGUUGAAACAGAUUGAAGAACACAAGAGGUUUGAGGAAGAUUUGCUGAGACAAGAAGCUAACCUACGUGAGACGUUGAAUAUAGGACAGGAUAUUAUGAAGCGAUGUCAUCCUGACGCUGUCUCCACCCUCAAACACUGGUUGUCAGUGCUGCGAGCACGCUGGGAGGAGCUGACCGGGAUGUGUAAACAACGAGGCCGUAAGCUUGCCGAGGGACUUGCUGUUCUGCGUAGAAAUAAUACCUUACUUGAUGAACUGAUUGCUUGGCUAAAUGGUGCUGAGGGCACACUGACCGGGCUUGACCAGGAGCCCAUUCCAGGGGACCUACAAGUCAUACAGGACCUUCUCCAGGACCACCAGCAUUUCCAGAAUGAAAUGUCAGGUAAACAGCCAGAAAUUGAUAAACUGACCAAGGGUGACCGACGUCGGACAUCGUCCGUGUCUGGGGAGUCACACAUUCCUGUACUGAAGGGGCAGAGUGGACGCCACACCCCAGUAAAGACCAGGACUCCCAGAAAAAGUGAAGCAGACGGUCGCAGGACUCCAGAACCAUCAUGGAAGAAUCCACGGAUCGGAGCCUUGUUUAACAAAUGGCGGACUGUGUGGUUGAUGGCUAUGGACCGUCACAGAAAGCUACAAGAUGCCCUUGACUAUCUCAAUGAGGUGGAGCGUUUGAAGAAGUUUGAGUUUGAGGACUGGAGGAAGAGAUACAUGCAAUGGAUGAGACAUAACAAGUCACGCAUAAUGGAACAAUUCCGACGUUACGACCGCGACCGUGAUGGCCGUGUGUCCCGGGCUGAAUUUACCAACUGUAUCAUGGCUACAAAAUUCCCGACAUCACAGUUGGAGAUGGAGCUCGUGGCCAACCUGUUUGAUCGGGAUGGCAUGGGGCUCAUUGAUUACAAGGAAUUUGUAUCCGCACUCCGGCCCGACAGAGAGCCACAGAAAGUAAUCACUGAUGCGGAGAAGAUCAUGGAUGCUGUAAAGAACCAAGUGUCCAAAUGUACAUGUGUCAAACAGUUUAAGAUCCACAAGAUUGGAGAGGGCAAAUACAGGUUCGGCGAUUCCCAGAAGUUACGUUUAGUCCGAAUUCUCCGGAGUACUGUGAUGGUUCGUGUUGGAGGAGGCUGGGUUGCACUGGAUGAAUUCUUGGUCAAAAAUGACCCAUGUCGAGUUGGUUUGCGAAGACGUAAUCGGUUUCGCUUCAAAAUACAGAUACAACCCUCAGAACUCACCAGAGGUAGAACCAACGUGGAGCUGCGAGAACAGUUUGUACUGGCUGAUGGUGUGAGCCAAUCAAUGUCAGGCUUUGUGACACGUAGUCCGGGCGGAAGUGAUCGUAGCUCCACACCCUCCGGGAUGUCAUGGAGCACACGAUCACCGAGCUCCGCCAGUGGUCCAAUUACAAAGCCAAGGAGACGAUUUUCUAGACCCAACACGCUGAUACGGGAGAAGACCCAGUACGCGACACCAUGGAGACAACGUGUGAAGACGAGUCCUGAUGGUGAGGUCAGGCAAAUCAUGUCCCACACUGAACCAGAUGGAACAAAGGUCAUGAGGUCAAAGAUCGCACAUGACCUCCGCAGCCCCAGGGACAUACACAGCCCUGGAGCAACACCGAGUCGAAGUUCUAGUCGGGCCAGUACCAGUAGCCGGCCGCCAAGUAGAGCAGACAGCGAGACAUCAGAAGCCAGUGAACCAGAAAUAUUCACCACAGUUCAAAAGGAAACACGCAAAAUUGGAGGUCGAAGUGAGACCACCAUGACUUAUCAGACACAUGUAGUACAAACACGAACUGCAGUUCCUGCUGCAACUGCUCGCGUCAGCACACCCACGCGUGUAGGUACGCCAACCCGGGUCGGAACACCAACAUCACGGGGGUCUAAAAUACCAACACCUUACAAGAAAAAGUGAUUUUGUGAUAUAAGAUUAGGACCAACAUUUUGACUUGAGUGGGUACUCCACUCAUUCAGCAUUUACUAUUAAAAAUUAUCCUAUUCUGUAGCCAGCUUCAUGCUUCACCAACAACUCUACAUCAAUGACUGAGUCAUGUGACCAAUGACAGGCAAUGUGAUUGGCUGUUCAAAUGCACUUGGGAUUUCGACUUUCUUUUAUUUCAUUUUAGAGAUAAAAUGAUAUGACUUAUUCCACAUUAGUGAAGAUUUGGGGGAAUCUUCAUUGAAUGUGUAAAAAGAUGAAAAGUAAAAGUUUGAAAAGUGAUUGACAUCAUGUCUCUGGAUGUCAAUACCAAUGUAAACAUUCACAAGGGAAGAAUUUAAAAAAAAAAUACAUAACUUGUUUCAUUUAGAAAAAAAACAGUGUUAUCCAGUUGUAAACUGGUUUUGUGUGCAGAAGAUAACUUUUGAUAAGAUCUUUUUGUAUAUAUUAGAGAAACUUAUUCAUUUUCAAAAUUUGUUAAGAUAAACAUGAGUCUUUAUUCCAUUCUACAUUGAAAACAUAAAAUUUUAGAAUUCUUGUAAAAUUAUAAUUGUAUUGAUUUAAAAAGUAUAAUCAAAGCAUUUAUGAAAAAUAAUACUAGUGUUAUAAAAUUCAUAUUAAUGUCAUUUAAAUUUUUUUGGGUUCUAAAGAGAGAAUUUAUGGAAACAAUUUUAAUGAAAAUAUUCCAAGAUUUCAUGGUGCUUGUGUGUACUUGUUGAUAAGAAUUGGAACUUGGUUUUACAGUUCCCAGCAUGCCCUGCUGAUUGUUUAUGUUGUCCAAUGUCCUGUAUUCCUCAAUAUUUUGUUUUUGUAUUUUUGUUAUGUAUACCUGUUGACUGGCGUCGUGUCAUUCCCGAUGGGUUGGUUAGCAAGGAUCUCACUGCUGCUGCUGUCGUCAUUGUGAACAACCUCAUCCUUUGCUUAACUUCGCAAUUUUCUAAGAAAUUGCUUUUGAAUUCAGUUUUAUUUGAAAAUGAAAUCAAAUAAAUCUUUGUACCUUUCUAGAAAUCAAAAGGAUAUAGAAAUCAUCUCAUUAUUUCUAUCAAAUUCAUAUUUUGCACAGUUUUGCUUGAAUUUGAGAGAUUGCAUUACAAUGGGAGAUAUAUCUAUACCUUGGAAUGACGCAAUGCCAAUAGCCUGUUCUCAUGGUGUGUUUAAGCUUGCUGGAAAUGAAUAUUGUGAUAGCCUAUAGAAUAUUCGAAAUGUAGUAUUUAUCUUGAGAUAUUUGAACAGAAAACCCUAAGUAUAAUUAUAGUUUAAAGGAUAUAUAUAUGUGUAUAGGCUGGGAUGUAUGUAUAUAUUGAGAUGUAGAUCUCUGGAAUACAUAUAACUAUAUAACCACCUCGACAACUAGUUAGUACAUAAAGCUCUCCUCAUUUUCUACAAAAUUAUUCCUCUUAAUAUGUUAGUUAUUUUCCAGGUAAUUUACCUGAAUAUGUUAUUUAGAUCAGUUGACAUAUACUUAAGUAUAUGCUAAUUAGAUUUUUUAACAUAGUUUAUGAUUUCAGUUUGUUAAUGAUGAUAAUUUACAUAUGUUAAUUCUAGCCGUUUGGAUUGGUUAAUUUUGAUGUAUUUUUAUACACAGUAUGUAAAUAAGGCAGAAAGAGUCUGUGGUGAAUAGACUUGUGUUGCGACUGUGAAGAGAGCAUAGUCUGUGGUGUACAGACUGGUGUUGUGUCAGGAGAGAUUUAUUUAUUUUACCGCCCACUGUACCAGUACUUAUACCUGGCAUGGUUCAAGUGUUGUUUUAUUGGGAGGUGGAUUACGUUUGCAUAUCAAAAUUAUAUUUCCACUACAAGUGCUUUUCACGGACAUGUAUCCUGUAUGUAUAUACCGGUAUAAUUUGGCUACGUAACCUUUGUGUAUAAUUCGGUGACGUAACCUUUGUGUAUAUACAGUAUAUAAAAGGUAUCGAGCCUGACUGUACUUAAGAAGUGUUGCUGUAUAAUGUAAAAAUGAUAUUUCCCUAAUCAUGCAAAUAAUUUGUUGUGUAUAAAGCUUGCUGUAAUAAUCACUGACAAAUAAGUAUGUAAAUGUGAUAAACUAAACAGUAAAUACAUGAAUAUUGAUAAUAUUUGCUGGCAUUGUGAAUAUAUGUGAUGAAAGUCAAUAAAAAAUGUUCACGUGACAUGAAUAUUGCAAUAUUCCUAUCAUAGAACAUGAAUAUUGAUAUAUUCAAUGGAUGUGAAUAUUAAAAUAUUCAUCCUGUCAUUCCUUCCUAUAAUAUAAUUAUUCAUUUGCUCAUUUUAUGUAAUCAUAAAUAUACAUUGUAGUCACGUACCACGCUGUAAUCAUCACGAUAUGCCACUGCUAUAUAUGGCCGAGUGGUUUGAUGGGAGGGGGACAGUAUAUCUGGUUACUGGGGUUAUAACUCUCUCUAUACAAACAUUCAUUUUGUUUCCAUGACAAAAUCUGAGGAAUAAGAUGUCUUUGUAUGUUGCUGAAUAAUUGUAUUGGGUAUGCAUGUGGAAUUUUAACUGCAUCCCUGGGGUAUGUGCUCCUGGGGGAGGGGCACUGCCCGAGGGGUAAAGAUGUGGUCCUCAGUACCACACUGGUAACUGUAAGCAUUGAUAUUCAGCUUCCUUGCUUCAUAUGCAAGUCAGAUGGACUAAAUAAAAGGAAUCUCAGUAAA